GUGAGGGGCAGCAACGAGCAGGCGAAGAAGAACUCUGUUUACAGCAGUGUUUUGAAACUCGAUUAGCAUGAGCAUCGACACUAGUGUGAUUUAAGACAUGAUUUCUCAUUUAAACUCUCAUUCUGAAACACCGACAUGAGCGACACGAUGGAGAGCCGACAGCAGCGCACUCUUCUGUCCGAGCGAGAGUCUUCGGCCGCGAUGAAGAGUGCUGAAAACAGUGAGCAAACACAAGCGGUGGAGAAGAGAGGGCCGUAUAUCGUGUCCAAAGCUCCUGCUUUCCACACCACGCUCCAGAAGCACAGAGACACAGCCAGACGAGCUCUGCAGAAGAGAGGAUUGCUUCAUCAGACGCGACACAAACCAAAGACUGUGAAGUUCAGUAAGGGGUACGCUGCUCUGAGUCAGACAGGAGAGGAUUCGCUCGUCUCGCUGGAUUCAGACAGUGACGCGGAGCUGGACUGUUCGUCUGGAUAUUCCUCAGCAGAGGUGCAUCCGGACCUGAGCAGGCAGCUGCUGAAGGAUGGAUAUCACCUGGAUGAAAUCCCUGAUGAUGAGGAUCUGGACCUGAUUCCCCCGAAAGCCCUGAGCUCCUCCUCCGUCUGCUGCUGCUGCUGUGUGCAGUGAUCCAGCCCAGAGCUGCUGAUGCACCCGCUUGAGUUCUUACAGUGUUUUUAGGAGCACAGACUGGUUUUCUUUGUCAUGGUUUAAGCCUCAGUCUCGUUACUAGAAAUACACAGCGUAGCCAAAAUCCCAAACACUUCCAGCUUUGAGCUGCUUAUGAAUCAGAGCCAUGAUUUACUCACAUCUCUGCUGCUGUCUGCAUCUCAUGAAAACACUGGAGAGCCGGCAUAUAUCACCUCAGAAUCUAAAUAAAUCAAAUAGUAGUUAUAUUUGAAAUUGAGGCAGAUUUUAGUACCAUUGCACAAGUUUUUUGCACUGCAACUUUUUUUUUGUUUGUUUCUUAGGUUUAUUUACCGCUUAAAUUCUCAUUAAUAAAUGGAAGCUUGUUACAUAAAACAUAAAAAGAUAACAGCAUCUUCUUAAUCUCACAAUUCGGACAU